UGCUGCAUCUUACCAUAUCUAUUGAGAUCUCCGUUUAUAUUUCAACCACUUCACCACCCAGUUUCCAAUUAAACUUACCAGCCAGGACCAAGACGUAGAAGACUUGAAUGCAUUGCUGCCACUUAACAAAACUAAAAGAAAGUCAAAUUAAAAUGACAGGUGUUUCGACUGGAGGUCUGUUAUGAAGGCAUUGAAAAAGGCUUCUGGUCGAAUCAUUUGUUUGUUAUUGAAUGUAUUUAUUUGUUUAGUAUUUCUUAAUUCAGCUCGAUUGGGGGUUUAAUACUUAUGGGUGAUUGCUGCCACUUGACGUGUUAUCAGUUUUUCUUUACCUUGAAUUAAUAACACAACCACUGAUAAGACAUUCAUUGUCUGCAGCACUAAUGAGAAAACCCAUUUCAUCAAAUACGCCAAUGACAAAUAAUUGACAAACAAUUAAUUAUUAUAAUUCAAGAAUAUCUUCAAGGUCCUCCACCACGCUGAGUGUUCUGACUCUCACAAAAGACACUAAUGUAUGUAACAAUUUAUGAGGAUCAGUUGAAGCAGGUAAUGAGCAAUUCAGUGUUCAUUACCAGCUGUUAUGAUGAACGCAUAAGCACUCCAAGAGUUUGCUGUUGUAGAUGUGACGACAGCAGUGACCCUGAGUCUCUGCAUUAUUAAUAGGAUUCACUAGGUUUCUGGUGUAGAUAUGUGAUUGAAAGGUGGAAUAAGAAGGUGCUGUCUUACUGAGAAAGAAUAGACUGAUAAGAAGUCUGUGAACUUGAUUCUCCAUAGAUAUAUUUAUUGUUUACCUGGUGUUUCAACUUGUGUUUUUGUUUGUGCAUGAAAUAUACAGCUUCAGUUUUUUUUAGGGUUUGAAACGGUCUGGAAAACAACAGUGUUAAAUAUCAAAGUUUGCUGUCAAAUUAAUGUUACAUGUGUGCAUGCAUGGUUUGUUACAAGGUCAAGUCAGAUGAAGAGUCUAAAAUAACAUUGACAAACAGCUGUUCAAGAAAAAUAUUAGAAUCGUUGAGAGCUUAAUAACUAAUGUAUUAGCAACAUCCAAGUUAUUUGAAUCUAGCCUCCGAGUUACCUGAAUUCAUCGCAUUUUUUUAAAGCUCUGCUAUCCGUGCAGACACUGUCAAGUCACAAAUGGGAACAAACACUCAAGCAGGAACUAUUACAAUGAUAAAAUACUUCUCAUACCACCAUAGUCUGUUACAGUAAAUGUGGUCAUGCAAAAUAUGGCCAGCAUGCAUUGGCAUGUUUGCUGUUUUUUUGUGAGUAGAUUAAAAAGAGCAGAAUUGACAGGAGUUGCCCAUUAGUUGUUUUUUUCUUUGCUCUGUUAUACUAGUAUUGUGUGUUUCUUUUUACACAAAAACUGCAGGAAACUUAAGUUCAUGCUUUGUGAAUGUGGCCCAUGACUCUUUUUUAAACCAUUAUGAGGGUUAAUUAUUCCUGUCACUGGACUGAAUCUGUGAAAACAGGGGUGUGUGUGUGUCAAUUGCAGUGUGUGGAGUUUUCAUUUUGCAAAGCCCUGUUGCAAUAGUAACAUACCUGUUGAGUUUUAUUCAAGACCACGGUACCGUUCCCUUCAAUCUCUGCACUAGAAAAGGUUGCUGUUGUACACACAGUUCAUCUCCCAAGCUCAAGGUCUGCAUUUUGAAAAACAAGAGCGGUCACUAUUAAUGGAAGUUAUUAAUAUAAAUGCCACCUUUCACCAUCAUCAUCAGAGUGCCGUGUCCUUGACAUUGAUGAUCAUUUUCCACCACCUUGUCCUGUCUGCUGCCAGCUGGAGUAGUUCACAUGCUUUCCAUCUCUCUCCUAGGUCAACCAAUAUUUGGUCCAGAUAUUUUUGCCUCUGUCUCCCUCUUGCUCUCUUUCCUUCAAUUUUACCGGUUAGGCUCAGGUUAAAAAUCCUCCUUAAAAAACAUCCUAGAAAUGUAAGCUGUCUUGUUCUUAUUUGUGUCAAGAUGGUCCUGGUGGUGUUGAAGUGUUAAGUACGUCUUUGUUACUUUUCCAUGCUGUCCAGGGAAUUCUUAGCAUCCUCCGCAAGAAGCACAUCUAUGCUGCUUCUGGUUUACUGUGCAUCUCCUUGCUUAUGGUUCAGGUUUCACAUCCAUAUAGGUUCUUAAUCUUAUUUGAUUAAUUUCAUUUUGUGUUCCCUUUCCUUCUACAUACUGUUCUUUUGAAACUUCUUCUCUUAUUUUGCCUCUUGCCCAAUCCAUGAUUAUUCUUAGAAUUAUUUUUGUGACCUGGCUCAUUAAAGUAGUUGUUCUAUGUUGACUACAUUCUACUGUCCCAGGAUUCUUUGGAAUGGAUGUGAAUGUUGACUUGCACAUUUCGUCCGGUAUAUACCCUGUGUUAUAUAUCUUGUUUGCUAAUUGUGUGACUUUCUCAAUUCCAAACUCCCCAGUUGCCCCUAUCAUUUCUAUCAUUAUGCUGUCAUUUCCUUCUUCAUUUUCUUCAUGGCUUUUUUAACCUCAUCGGUUAAUAUCUCAAGUCCCUCCAUUGCUCUAUCGAUUCUAAGCUUUUCUCCCCUAUCAUCGUCAAAAAGUUCCUCAUAUAUAUUCCUCACACCUUUUAAGUACCUCUUCCAUCUGCGUGACAAUUCUCCCAUCCUUUGUUUAGAUAGUACUUCCUUUUGGUGUUCUGCUUCCUCCCAUCACCUCCUUGAUUUUAUCCUGCAUCAUCUGGUUAUUUCUCUUUCCUAGAUCUUUCAUCUCUUCCGUUGACUGUUUAGCCACAUUUAUUUUGCUCUAUCACACUCCCAUUUUCUUUGUCUAUUUAACUCCUCAUAUUUAUUAGGACCUGAUUGCUUUACCUUCUCCCUUUCCUCCAUUAAGGCAAGAGUCUCAGCUGUCAUCCAUUUGUCUGUCUUUCUUUUCUCUCUUGGGAAUAAGGUGGUCUGCUGGUUCUGUGAGGGCUAUUUGAAAUCUUCUCCAAUCACCAUCUAUGUCUCCUUCAUCUUCAAGCAUGUUAGACCUACUUUCUUUUAGUUCUGUAUCGGUCUUUAGCCUGAUUAGUUGUUUCUUUGGCUCUACUUUCUUCUUGCUUAUCUUCUUUCGUUUAAUGGUUAUUGCAGAUACUACAGGUGCAUGGUUGCUAUCACAGUCUGCUCCUGGAUAUGUCUUUGUGUGCACUGCUGAGUUUCUGAAUCUCUUAUUUAUUGUUAUGUAAUCAGUUUGGUUCCUGGUGUUAUCUCCUGGACUUUUGCAUGUCCACAUGUGUCUUGGGUGGUGUCUAAACCAUGUGUUGACUAUUUAUUUGCUUGUUUCUAUCACACCAUUCCACCCAUUUGUCCCCUACUUUUGCAUUUAGAUCUCCCAUUAUUAUAGUGAUUUUCUGUGAUUUGCAUUGACAUUUUGCUUAAUCUAUUUGGUUGUAAAGAGAGUCUGUUUCUUCCUCUUCAUAGUUUGUUGCUGGUGCAUACACUUUAAUAAUGUUCAUGUCAAAAGGCUGUCCUUUGAUUUUUACCACCACCACUGUGUCUGAAAUGGCCCAGAAUACAUCCAGAAAUUGCCGCCUGCAAAGUUGAAAGACUGACAAGCAGUUUGGAAUGUGUCUUUGUCACUCUGACCUGUAAACCAUUGUGCUGUCAGUUCAUGAUUUAAGACUUCGGCUCUGGACUACAAUUUAUUGAACAUGACAGACCAGGCUGAAUAGUUUUCUAAGCAUGGGGUCCAACAGACGCAAUCACUGCACACCAUACUUGGGUAACCAACGCUGCUCCUGCAUUGUGUGACGUGAGCUACUUGAUAUAAACGCACAUGCUGUGGUUCAAAGUCACAGAAGAUGAAAGAGGCUCUUGCAUUCCCUUUUGAAUUCUCAAAUCACUUGCCCUUGCUAGAAAAAUGAUUUUGAGUUUUUCUUCUUUUUGUAAUAACCUGCCUGCUAGUGUGAAGGGUUCCAUGAAAUCUCCAUGUCAAGUGAGCACUUUCUUCAGUGUAUACUGCUUUGAUUAAGUUUCAAAAUUACUUUUUUUUUAAAAAAAAUUUUACACGAAAUGCUGUGGGAAAUGCUUGUGAAACACCGCGAGUAUCUGGAAAGACAAAAGGAAACUUUUAAAUUCAGAAUAAAAAAACUGACUGCAAAGCAAGCGGACAUAAUGAAGAAAUCUACGGUUAUGAGAGAAACCAUCUCAAAGAAGUAUGAAGACAUUGUAAAGGUGCUGGAAGAGGAUAUGAAAGUGACCCUGGGCCAACUUGAAGCAGAGGCCAAAGCGGCUGUUCAUACCAUUGACUGUUGUAUAGAAAAAUGCCACCUGCUAGCCCAAGAUAUUGAACAAGAGUUAGCAGAGCUCAGCCUUCAACAGCAGCAGGACAAACAGCAGUCAUACACAAAGAAUGCAGAGACUGAAGAGAGAGUUAUAGAAGUCAUGAACAUCAGCAAUCCUGAUUUGGUUCAGCUGGAUAACUUCAAGUCCAAUCAGCUGCUGAGCCUUAUCAAUAAUUUACAGCUGUUCAUCCGCGCUCAGAUCCCAGUAACUAGAAAAGUCUUCCAGAGCUAUACCUCUGAAGUUGUGCUGGACCCCGAGACUGCCCACCCCAAGCUGGUCAUUUCCCCCGAUGGCAUCUCGGCCACCUUCUCAGAUGAGUGGCAGGAGUUCCCUGACAGCCCGGUGCGCUUUGACACCACUCUGAACGUUAUCAGCACAGAGGGCUUCUCAGAAGGAAGGCACUAUUGGGAGGUAGAUGUAGGAGGCAAGACCUACUGGGAACUGGGGGUCACAUACCCUAGCAUCUCCCGGAAAGGCAGAGAGGAAGACUGCUGGCUGGGCAGGAGCAGGGCAUCGUGGUGCGUGGAGUACUUCAAUGGGGAGUACACAGCCUGGCAUGAUGGCCAAUCCUACCCGCUGCCCAUCAGCAAGGUCUUUAAGAGGAUCGGGGUGUAUGUCAGCUACCCGGCCGGGAUCAUCUCAUUCCACGGGGCUGACAGCAUGAUGCAGCUGUUCACAUUCUGUGCUGGCACCUUCACGGAUAUCCUUUACCCAGCUGUGUGUCCCGGGCAUGACAACGAAGGCACCAACCGCAAAGCGAUUCAGAUCUGCAGCUCUCUGAAAACAUGAGCAGGACUUGGCAUGAAUAAGAAGGAAGGCAAUGCAAUUCAAAUGGUUGCAAAGACAUCAAGAUAUGGAAUGGCAAAAACAUCCAAACAGAGACUGUAUAAGCUUCCCUGUAUGGGACAAAUGGCAGGCCCUGCAGAACCAUCUGGUUAAGGCGUGCCUCCCCAUGUUAAAUGGUAAAGGCGUGCUCAAUGCAACUGUCAACUGGUCACAUUAUUUCAGUGUCUGCUGUUUUUAUGUUUGAUAUGAAGUUGAGAAGAAACACCGUUGCACAAGUGAAUAAAUAACACCUGUUCAAUACAGG